ACAUGCUUCAAUAAGAGGCUUCUACCAUAAUUCUCUAUUAUGGUCCUCUGAAACAAAUUCACGAGCAAAGUACAGUACUGUAACCGCUAAAAUAGUGAACCCAGACGAUCAUCGCGAUUGCUGAGGGAAAUAGAAAACAUUUUGUGCUCUAUGUGUUUCCUCUCUGGAUCGAUUUGCUGGACCGGCUCCAUUGGGUCGAUCCGAGGUUACCUGGUCACGUCACAGCGCAGCCAAUGAGGGCGGGCGACAGGUGGACCGAAACGGGACGCAGCGCCAGAAGGGGCAUGGGGCAAGGAGCGGGCCAAUGGCCAUGUGAGAUCCCGCCACGACAGACGAGCCGGGUCGGAGGGACGCUGCGGGUGACGUGGAAAUUUCAAAUCGUCUGAGACUGGAGACUGUCAUGGCUGUCUGGCUGCACUGUACGCAGUACUGUGCGAGCCGAACAUAGUUAGAGCCAAACGACUUGAUCCGUCCCACAGUAGCUGAGCACUGUGGGCCUCGCCAGAGGCAGAUAGAGGGCGCGAGCGAGAAACAGAGUUACGAAUGAGAGCGAGUCUCUUUCGUUUCAGCGCCAUUUGAAUGCAAGGAAUCGUUGACAUCGGCUGCCAAUUUUUGUUCCCAUAUCGUGGGGAAUUUGGAUCGUAGGACAAUUUUGAGGUUGAUUCGGUGCUGGCAGCGCGAAUUAUUGUUUGGGAUUUUGAGAUUGCUGGAAGGUUCAGGGUUUUUGGACGACGAGCGAGCAGAGGAAGGAGGGAGUUGGAGUGAUUUCCGUGUGGGGAAAUUUGCGAAAUAUGGAGCUGGAGGAAGCAAUCGAGAAACUUAAGGAUAAAAAGCAGUUGGUGCGCGACAGUGGAGUCGUUGCAUUGCAGUCCAUCUUCAGCAACUCUGAAAUUGCAGACAAACAGAAGGAGUUGGACGCAGCAGUAGUCCAGGUGAAGGAGCUUAUUGCGAGUGACGUCUGGGAGAAACGGCAUGGAGGCUUCUGCGCCGCAAAGGUAUUGCUGCCGUUCUUCCCCGCUGAUGGUACAUUCCCUAAGGAUCUCGAAGAGCUAACCCUACAGUACUUGGAAGAUGGCGAGGUUCGAGUCAGGAUGGCUGUGGGAGAAUGCCUUUACGCUCUGGCACAGCAUGAAGGAAGUGGUCUUUACACUCGAGUGAAAGAUCAUGUUUGCAAGAGAAUUGAGGAAAACGUUAAAGAUGAUGGCAUCAAGUCAGCAGAUGAUGCAAAUGGAACUACAUUACCUGCCUCUGACAACAGGCAAGACGCGAAUGGGAAUGGAGCUCCUGAUGUUCAAAAGAACAUAGCUGAAGGGAAAUGUCUUGAAACUUCUUUGAAAGCUCUUCAACGUCUUAUGGAAGGCUUUGGGGAGCAUAUUCAACUGCCCAUUGAUUCUGAGAUGUGGGUGCUUGUUCGGAAAACAUUUGACCAUAGCAAUCGUUAUGUUCGGGAGACCGGAUUCUUCACCCUUGCAUCACUCUGUCAGUCUGCAACUCAAGAUUCGCUGAAGGGGGACGCUGUCAUGAUAGCCGAAGGUUUAGCCCUCGGACUUGCUGACAACUGGAGUCAAGUGCGUUAUGCCGCAUCUAUCGCAACCAGAAACUUUAUGUGUAAAACAUCAUCAUAUAAUCGAUCAUUCUACCCGCAGUUACUUCCUGCCAUGUGUCUGAACCGUUACUACGCUGCUGAAGGUGUGCGUCUUUUUUCUCAAGAAACCUGGAAGUUGAUACUAGGUGAAAGUGGGAGGGAGGAAGUCGGUAAUCAUAUUGCGAAUGUGGUAAAGCAUUACAUUUCUCAAUCGGCUGCUGAGAACCCUCAAGUUCGAGAGAGUACGUGUCACUGCAUGGGCGAACUCAUGGUCAAAAUUGAUCAUCAGAAAAUUCGUCCCCAUGUGCAAUCGCUGAUUGUUGCGUUGAUGAAUUGCUACCAAGACCUGAGCUGGACCGUCCGAGAUGCUGCUUGCUCAGGCUUAGGCAAGGCCAUAACCGAGUUUCCAGAUGAAGCACAACAAGUUGUCUUCAAACUUUAUGAACUUUGGUUCUUUCAUUUGGGCGACAAGGUAUCUUCCGUGAGAGAAAACACCGCUUUUGUUUUGGGGACGGCUAUGACAACGUACAAAGAGGACGCUAUCGAGAAAGUGGUGGCAAAGUUACACCAUAUUUUUAAACUUUCAGAAAAUCUCAGUGAACCUCAUCAUUGCCAUUCUCCCACAGGUCUACAGGAGAAAUCAUGCUGUAGUAGGGCUGGGGUACAUGCAGCUGUAAUGACGUUGAACAACGUUCAUACGAGUUGCAAUCUAGCUGCCCACGAGCCGAUCACUUGGGAAGCCUCAGAUGGAGCGAUUUACCUCCUUCGUGAACUGUCCAAGGUGGCUCCAGAUCGCGCAGCUGAGUUCUUGCCAAUUCUAGCCAAGCUGACGCAAUGCUCGGGCUUUCAGCAAAAUCAAUUUCUUCUAGAAACUUUAUAUAGAUUACUACCUUUCAUUGCUCAGAAUGUUGGGAAAAAACAAUUCAAACCGUGCCUGGAGUCAUACAUAAGUCCACUCUUUUCUGCUCUAACUUCUGGUCAGAGACUUGCGGAGACUGCAUCUGGAACCUGUAUCUCAAAGUUGAUGACAUUUGUAGGACCCAACGUUUUCAAAGCACGAUUAGACGAGUUUCAGCUAAGAGCUCUACAAGCGAGGCCUUCAUUGAAUUCCGCAUUAAUGCCACAGUAACUUGCACAACGGCUAGUUCUUUUCCUGUCCUCCAGAAUGUCGGAAACAGUUGACAUUUGGACUAUAAUUUAAACGUAGAUGACAGCAUAGGUGGUUCUAGACAAAUUUUAGGCACAUGUAGCAAACAAGGUUGAAACUUAGCUCUUGCAAUUUACAUGUUGCUGUUUCAAAUCUGUUAUGGUUCGCCUUAAUAUCAAAAACCGAUUUUUCUCGAACCUAUGGAGAGACAUGGGAGGAGUAAACAAACUCUAUAUAAUUGACUCUGAAAAGUCAAUAGGAAACAUAGGCUGCAAACCCCACUCUCCAUUGUAACUCCAUGUUUACUUGAAAAUUUUCAGGAAGUUCGAUCACUCUAAAGAAGGGUGACUUUGAGGAAAACACUUCAAUCUUUGAUAUAUCUGAAGUGGCUCGAAGAUUAACAGUCUCAGCGUUGUACUUGAAAGGUUAGUGUAGUGUCCUUCCCUUCUAGUCCGUGGGAAACACUCAACAGAAAGGCUAGAGACAGUGCGGGAGGUCACAAUUUGGAGAAUUUUUACGAUGUGGGGAAUGUUGGAUUUCUACUUGAGGAAUCAUUCGAGGUUUUUGUAGGUGAUGUAACUGCUGGGAGGCGUGGCAAGGUAAUGUAAAAUACCUUUUACUCAAGGGUAUCUUUUACCCUUGAGUAAAAGAUAAAAGUUAAGG